GCCAAGAAGAUUGCCAACCCUGAGUACGUCGAUGACGACAACCUGUACAAGUACGAUGACUUCGGCUUCAUCGGCUUUGACUUGUGGCAGGUCAAGGGCAACACCAUCUUCGACAACGUCAUCAUCACCGAUGAUGUCAAGGAAGCAGAUGCUUUCGUGGAGAAGUGGAAGGCCCUGAGCGAGGUUGAGAAGGCCAAGAAGAAGGAGGAGGACGACAAGAAGGCUGAGGAAGCCAAAGCUGCGAGUGCAUCUGCCUCCACGGACGAUGACGAUGACGAUGACAAGGACGAGGAGGAAGACUGA